AUGGCGUCUAUAACGACACAAGAGGUACUUCGGUAUCCUAAACUUUCAGUCGAAGUCCUCUCAUUCCCGGAUGUUGAGCGCAUCUUCCACCUCACCAGGGCAGAUAACACGGACUGGGCACAGCUUCGGGCUCCAUUUGAGCUUGCAGACCACUGCAAAAUCGUCCUGAAAAUGAUCGACGCUGCCAUUUCUAGAUCAGAUGGAAGACCUGAGAUGGCUGUGAAAAUUCGCCUAGGUAUUCUACUUGAUGCUGUCCAUGCUACGCCCCCGGACCCAGAGUCUCCUAAUUCAACCCCAAUCCCCAUCUCAUCCAAGUGCCCAUUUCUAUUCGGCCCAAUUGUCUACAAUGAAGUAGUGCAUUGCCUCCAAGGGACCCCUGAUUGGUUUCUUUGGUAUGGCCCGGACGCGAAGAAAGGGAAAGAAAGCGUGGCCAUCAACAUGGUCAUCCUCGAAACAGAGCAUGGCCAAUCUGCUGACGGCGUGCGCCAGACUCUUGCGUAUAUGAGCAUGAUUCAUACGCAACGUCGGGCUGAGGGUAAGCUUGACUCUUCAGUUUUCGGUCUUUCUACCGACAACAGCCAAUUUCAUUUUCUUCAACUCAAUGGAGAAAGCGAAUGGUCCCGACUGGACUUGAACUAUCAAAAUCAUCUCCAGGAGAUCGUCGGAAAACUUGCCUACUUUCAUAGGCACGCCUCGAUCCUGUCCGCUUCUGAUCGUAGUGACGAUCCCAAAAAAGCGGAUUCCGUAUUCCACGUGGAAGACAGCGGAAGGUCUGCGGUACUGGUUGCUAUUUCAAGCUGA